AUGCUUGUUUUGGAUGUUUUAUGGAGCGGAGCAUCCGCACAAAUCAGAUAUUCGAUAUCAGAGGAAAUUCAAGAUGGGACCGUUGUUGGAAAUAUAGCUAAGGAUUUGGGACUAGAUAAGAGUGCGCUCAAAGACAGAGGGUAUCGCAUCGUAACAGGCUCAACUGAACCCCUGUUUCAGGUGAAUCAAAAUGACGGUAUCUUGUAUGUGAAAAGAAGAAUAGACAGGGAGGAGGCAUGCGAGCGGAGCAGCCCAUGUUUGAUCAAUUUGAAAACGGUGCUAGAAAACCCGCUGGAGAUUCACUACGUGGCAGUGGAAAUACUCGAUAUCAACGAUCACUCGCCUGCUUUUUCAGAAAAAGAAAAAAAGCUUGAGAUUUCUGAAUCGGCCUUACCAGGAACGAGAUUUCAACUGCAGGCGGCGCGUGACCCUGAUGUAGGCCAGUUCUCCAUUCAGCAAUACACACUCAGCCAUAACGAAUAUUUUAGAGUAGAAGUAAAGGAUAGAGGCGAGGACCGUAAAGUACCAUUUUUAGUUCUGCUGAAACAGCUGGAUAGAGAAACAGCUGGGAAACAUAAACUUCGCCUAACAGCUGUUGAUGGAGGGAAACCGGCGAAGUCUGGAGCUAUAGAAAUAAUUGUGGAUGUACUCGAUAUCAAUGACAACUCGCCCGUCUUCACUAAAGAGUUUUAUUCUGCCACACUUAAAGAAAACGUACCCGUUGGCACUGUAGUGAUUCAGGUGAAUGCGACAGACUUGGAUCAGGGUGCAAACGGCGAAGUAAUAUAUUCAUUCGGUAACGAAGUUGAUUCAAAAUUAAUGGAUCUCUUCAGUAUCGAUCCAAACACUGGUGAAAUUCAUGUAACUGGUCAGAUUGAUUUCGAGAAAAGUAAGAGUUAUGAAAUUGACAUAAAGGCAUCUGAUAAGGGACCAGUUCCUCUAACAACUGAUAGAAGUGUUAUGAUAACUGUUAUUGAUGUAAAUGAUAAUGCUCCUCAGAUAGAAGUGACAUCAUUUUCGAGCUCUAUUCGGGAGGAUUCAAAGAUAGGGACUACAGUGGCCCUGAUCAGUGUCAGUGAUUUAGACUCUGGCAUCAAUGGUAAAGUCAUUUGCGCAAUCAGCCAAGAUGUCCCUUUUACGUUAUCUCCAUCGUUACAAGAGAACAUGUACGCUGUUGUUACCAAGUCGCAGUUGGACAGGGAAAGUAUUUCUCAAUAUGAUGUCACAAUAAUUGCAAAGGACACGGGCGACCCAUCGUUCUCAACUGAAAAGACCAUAAGCGUCGUCGUGUCAGAUGUAAACGACAACAGUCCGGAGUUUUCAUCAAGCCCCUAUACAUUUUAUAUUAAGGAGAAUAACAGCCCCGGAGCCUCAGUAUUUUCAGUAAAGGCCAACGAUCGUGAUGAAAGUGAUAAUGCUCUCAUUUCAUAUCAUAUUUUGAGAGAUGCAAGUGGAGAUAAUAAAUUGACUUCAUUUUUCAACAUAAAUACUGAAAAUGGAGAUAUUUUGGCGCUAAAAAGCUUCGACUUUGAAACUCUGAAAACAUUCCAGUUCCAAGUUGUUGCCACAGAUUCUGGAACUCCGUCACUAAGCAGCAACGUCACAGUGAACGUGUUCAUUCUGGAUCAGAACGACAACGCUCCAGUCAUCCUGUAUCCAGUCAGCUCUAACGGUUCUGCUGAAGGUGUGGAGGAGAUUCCUCGCAAUGUGAACGCAGGACACUUGGUGACUAAAGUCAGAGCCUAUGACGCUGAUAUAGGAUAUAACGGCUGGUUACUCUUUUCACUGCAGCAAGUUACUGACCACAGUCUCUUUGGUUUGGACCGCUAUACAGGACAGAUCAGAACACUUCGCUCAUUCACAGAGACAGACGAGGCUGAGCCUAAACUGGUCAUACUGGUGAAAGACAAUGGGAACGUUUCACUCUCAGCAACAGCUACUGUGAUUGUCAAACUUGUGGAGCCCAAAGAGGCUUUUGCAGCUUCUGAUGUUAAAAGUGCAACUAAGAAUGAUGAGGAGAGUAAUGUGACUUUUUAUCUGAUGAUAACUUUGGGCUCAGUUUCAACACUUUUUCUCAUCAGUAUCAUUGUGCUGAUUGCAAUGCAAUGCUCUAAAACCACAGACUAUACUUCUAAAUAUCUACAAGACACAAAUUAUGAUGGUACACUGUGUCACAGCAUCCAGUACAGAUCUGGAGACAAACGCUACAUGUUAGUUGGACCAAGAAUGAGUAUAGGAUCUACUAUAGUCCCGGGCAGCCAUGCGAAUACUCUGGUGCUUCCUGACAAGAGGAGAACAUCUGUGGAGGUAAGACAUAUUUAA